UAAAAUCGUGGUUACGCCAUGUAGUGGACACGCACAUGAAACUUUCUUUAUAUAGUUCACCGUCCCGUAUGAACGAGUCUUAAAGGACUGAAAUGCGUGUAGUUAUCCGAGAAAACAGGUAAAUACGCCGAGCGUAAUAGCAACGACGUAAUAGCCUAACCCAAAAUCGAGUCAUCGGCAACGAGCGUAUCCGUAUGGAUAUCUUUAGUUCCCUAUACAAUGCUAAAGCUUUCUUAUCUACAUUCGAGAGCUAAUAACUCUAAUAGCGUUUAGUUUAUAACGGACUAUAGCACAAGCAUCUUACAGUGGGUGUUUUCUGUUGCAGAAUUACAUUAAUUAGUCGUUUGAAUAAAAAAAUAGACAAUAUAUUUGACAGAGUUGGGAAAAGACUAUUGAAAUGUGGCGACUUGCUCUGUUACUUGCUGUGUUCUGCGCGGUCGACAUAGUGAAUUCACAAAGCUCUAUAGUGAACACUGUAUUCAAAUUCUCACCGCCCGAUUUAGGGAAUAUAUUCUUUGCAUUUGCGAACGAAUCUGACGCGAGCCGCUUCAUAGUAAUUAUCCAAACUGUUCCUGAAAUCACGUUCCAAAAGAACCUGUGUACUGUCGGAUUCGGAGGUGAUGGGUACCCUUGUGCGGAACAAGCUGACUGUACGCAGAUCGACCAGUUAUUACUGAGGUGUAAAUGCAAAACAGGAUUUGUCAGCAUAAACGACGUUGAGGUUCAAGCGCCCCUAAACGUAACACUUUUUCCCGAAGGAAUGAAUUGUCAAGACAUCAAUGAAUGCGCAGCAAAUCCGUGCCCAAGUACAGCAGCAUCAUGCGUGAAUACAUUUGGUUCAUUUCAAUGCAACUGUAAGACGGGUUACACAGGGCCAAACUGCACAGAUCUUAAUGAAUGUACAUCCGCGACUUCGCCUUGCACUGGAGCAAACACAAUGUGCGUAAACACUUUGGGGAGUUUCAUGUGUCCUUGCUUAACUGGUUACACUGGGACGACAUCUUGCGUCGACAUCAACGAGUGCUCAACAAAUCCGUGUCAUGCUGGCUCUACGUGUGUGAAUACGCCAGGGAGUUUUACAUGUAACUGCCCAACAGGUUUAGUAAGCCAUGCCGGGGCUUGCGUGUUACCGAACGUUGACGAAUGCGCAUUAGGAACAGACAACUGCGAUAUGAACGCGAACUGUAUCGACACUUUCGGUUCAUUCACAUGCGCUUGUAAUGCGGGAUAUAGCGGCGACGGUGUAACAUGCUCUAACAUCGACGAAUGUUCACAAACGCCACCUGUGUGUACAAAUGCGGUUUGUAAUGAUACGAUGGGAAGUUUUAAUUGCAUUUGUUUAAGCGGAUUCGUCAAGACCGGACAUGCUGUAUGUGUCGAUAAGAACGAGUGCGCUGACAAUUCUAGUAAUUGUCAUAUGAACGCCGAUUGUACCAAUAUAGAUGGCAGUUUUACAUGUGCAUGUAAAGCUGGGUUUACUGGUGAUGGUCUAAACUGCACUGGCGUUGACGAAUGCAUGGAGAACACGCACACCUGUCACGCAAAUGCAACUUGCUUAAAUACGCUUGCAAGCUUUGUAUGCGCAUGUAACAUUGGUUACUCCGGCAAUGGCACGAUGUGCACAGAUAUUGAUGAAUGCAGUUUCAACGUUUGCAACGCAAACGCGAUGUGCACAAACACGCCGGGGAGCUUUAAAUGUAAAUGUAACAGUGGAUAUAGCGGCAAUGGAAUGAUCUGCACGGACAUCGAUGAAUGUGCAUUAGGAACCUGCCAUGUGGACUCCACUUGCAUAAACACCGCGGGAAGUUUUGCGUGCGCCUGUAAACACGGGUUUACCGGCAACAGCACAACUUGCACAGAUAUUAACGAGUGUCUAAGUAAGCCUUGUGACAGCAGCGCGACGUGUACAAACACUCCUGGUACUUACUCGUGUGUAUGUAAUAGCGGAUACAGCGGGAACGGAUUCACAUGUACAGAUAAGAAUGAAUGUGCGCUUGCAACAGACAACUGCCAUAACUUAGCUUCAUGUGCAAAUACAGCGGGUAGUUACACAUGCACUUGUAAUACUGGUUAUAAUGGCGAUGGAACGACUGCCUGUGUAGAUAUCAACGAAUGUAUGGUUGGAACAAAUACCUGUCAUGCCUCAGCAACAUGCACAAACACAUUGGGAAGUUUUACUUGUGACUGCAAUACAGGGUACACUGGAAACGGUACAACAUGUUUGGGUGUCCCAUCUUCUCCCACCCUAGUAUAUGUGAGGCAUAACCGUACAGAUAUUGACGAAUGUACAACUGGUAUACACAAAUGUCAUUCUUCUGCGAAAUGUACGAACACAGCAGGAGCUUUUACAUGCGCUUGUAAUCCGGGGUAUUCGGGAAACGGUCAAACUUGCUCAGAUAUAAACGAAUGCGCAACUAACUCCUUUUGUAGCGCGAAUGCUGUUUGUUCUAACACAAUUGGAAGUUUUACUUGCUCGUGUUCUACUGGCUUCUCAGGCAACGGUGUUGUGUGCAUCAACGACAACGUGAAAAACAAUCCUUGGCUGCGAUUCUUUAUGUCCUACCCAUUCGGAGCCUUCAAGAUAUUUACGCUUCAAAUACCAGUUAACAAAAGACCAAAACUGAUGUGCAAACUUCAAUACCCUUUUGGAUUUCUGAACGAUCCCAACUGCCCGUAAAGAUAAGCGGUCUACACGCCAUCUAAUAUACAUAUAUGUACAGACGGAAUAGAUUUUAGUUUAGUUAUAAUGUGGUAAUGUGGGGUAAGGUGGGACACCUUUAGCAUAUAGUAUCCAAAUAUCAUGAUCGUAUUGGAGUCGUUGGAAUACGGUUUUAAAAUUGUUUAAACAUUUUUUGUUAACUGCCAAAUGGGACGAGACAAUAGAAAGAAAAGGUAUCCCAUUUUCCCCACCCUAAUAUUUACCUUGUUUUCACCGUUGUAGAUCUUUAGAGACUUGAAACUUUCCUUUCGUAUACAUACACUUUCAAUUUACUCAAUCACAUUCACAAUUUGAAUCGUACCGUAGAAUACACAUUUAUCUAAAUCAA